AAACUUUUUCAACAAUUUCUUUCGUGGUGGAGUGUGAGUGUGUUGUGUUGUGGUUUUAUGGAUUUUACUGUACAUUUGAAACAGCUCGUAACUCUCCUCGUCCUCCAGCGGAAAUAGAACCAGGAGGCAUCACGCUUCUGGCGACGGAUUCGAAAACCCUUUCGAUUUCGGUCGCGCAGCGGGUGAAGGGGUAAUUCCAGAAUUGGUACUUCUCUUGGUUCUUGAUCAGUUCAAUAAAGGUGACCAACAAUCCCCAUGGAUGAGGUCUGUGAAGAAUCAAUCGUUCGAGCAAGACUCGAGUUACCUGCUCUUUGACCGCCACAUUCUUGGACUCGCUGAAGAGAUAGAGCAUGACACACGAAAAAUAGUGGGUAUGGCUGGAUGGAUAUCGAAGCUGAUUGGCGAUUGCGUUCAAGCAAACGUAGCGACCCUUGUCAUCAAAAUCCAUAAGCUUCUGCAAGACCUCCAUUUCCGGAGAACGAGACAACGAAAUCUGCGAGCUUUGACGAGCUAAGGCAUGAAUGCCGACGUACAAAACAAGGGAAUUGACCUUCGGAGCGUCGAUCCCAUUCGAGUUGUCUUUUUUGAGGAGCAAGGGGAAAGCCUCCAGAAUAUCUCUUCUUUGCCCCUCUUUCAAGAACGCGUCCAAAUGACCGCGGAAUGAAUCGAUUGGCCCGAGCACGUUCGAUAGGAUGAUAGGGCUCUGAGAAAUUUCAGAGAGCAUAUCAAUCUUCAAGUUUGGAGUGAAUGGAUCUGGUGGGUUCAUUCCCUUGGGCGUCGCGGACAAAAUCAUGUUCCGAAGUUGGAUGCAGUUGUGCGGAAUGACGUUGCAGAAAGACAGGUGAUAUCCCGCUAGAAAGGAGGGGAAAUCGUGCAAAAGAACCAAGAAGACACGAAGAGUGCCUUCGUAUAGUUUCUUUACCGGAGGAGUCAUUUCACCAAUUUUGAUGUGGGGUUCUAAAAAGAGCAAGUAAUCAAUCAAAAGCUGAUGAAUAGUGUCCCAUCCUUGUUGGUUUUCGAUCAGCAUCAUGUUGGGUAGGAAAUGGCGAUGGGACACAAGCUCGAACCAAGAAAACGAAAAACCUGGGACAACCAGUGGCUGCGAAACGUGGAACGUUGCUGCAAACACGCUCAAAACUCCCUGGCGGAUAGGCUCGAGCUCUGGAUCAGGUUUGUUGAUGUCGAUCACCAAAUUCAUGAAGAUACGGUACCACGGUCUUUGAUCCCAUUGCUGCCCUUUGGAGCCUUUGGUCUUCUCAACGUCCCACAUCAUAGUCCGGACAGUGCAUCCAAGGAUCUUGUUCAACAUCGCCAAGCGCUGAACCUUGAUCUGUUCAGGGUUCGACCCAGAAUUUAGAUGCUUGAACAUAAGAACUAGAAGCUUGCAAUAGAUGUCAGCAACUGCAUAAUUCAAAACGCUCUUUCCGUUUUCUCCACUAACUCCAGACUUCUGAACAGCGUCGACAACGAUUAGACUAGCAAGACGAAGAAAACGCUCCGUGUGCUCUUCAACUUUUCCAACUCCAAACCCUUGAAGGUAUUGGAGAAAUUGGCCAUUGAUUUUGUCAUUCCCAGCAGCUUCGUUGUUGACUCGGAUCCAGUUUUCAAGUAGUUGGGUCACCUGCUGUCUAGCAUUGGGGGGGUCCUUUUGUGCAAAAGCCUCGGUGGCUUCGGCAACUUUCCCAGAUGCCGUGGAGAAUCUCGAUAGAGAGUCAACUGAUAAGCUGCUGCUACCAGUAGUUGGUGGGGUUGCCCGAUCAGACUGAGAUGAUGCAACAGAUGACAAUCCUCGCAUUUCUUCCAGCAUACGAAGAAUUGGUUUUUUGUACGCUUGAAUUACGUUUUGUCCCGCUAGGCUUCGGCCAUCGGCAAUUCUUGUCAUCAAGUCAAUAACCUUCGGGAAGUCAUUUGGUAGAGAAAUUCUCUCCAUGAACGCAGUUCGAAUAAAAAGAAGCGCGAACUCAACCCAAACAGGGUUUCGGCCAUUAUCAGCACGUGCAGCAAGGAAUUGAUCCAGUUCAAUAACUGCCAGAAGACGACUUCGAACAAGAAGGAGCAAGACCGUUCUAUGCAGGCGUCGCUGCGCUUCGGUAUUGGUAGGAGCGUAUGUAGCCCACGUUCCCAUGUCUUUACCAAGCUUUGGGCAGGAAACAUUGAUUUUCUCCAAGAGCGCCACCAAUGCUUCAAGCCUGAGAGGCUCACCCAAGCUAAGCUCAUAGAGACGCUUGAAAAUACCCUGCGAAAACUGGAGAACAGCAUCUUGUUCACUUUGAAUCAAUGGACGGACAACUUCACCAUUUGCGUUUAGGUUCGGUAAAAUCUGGUUGACAGCCGAAAGCAACUGACGAAUUUGAUGUUCAGGUGGAAGCAUUUGCAGCUUCACCUCUGGAGCACGGGGUCCUGCAGAAGUCAGAAGAGCUGUGACACCACUGUCAAGCUUCGCCGCCAAAGCGGAUAACGCUUCGAUACCAAGUUGAGGCUUCUGAGCUGACGGCUGCAUAUCGGAUUCAGGAACUCGUGACGGAGCGCUACGCCCAGGACCUAGACCAGAUGACGCAACAUUGGGUGCCAUUCCACCAGGUGUCGGAGUCUGACGAGGCAUCUUCUGAAAGCUAUCGUAGAGCUGAAAGUGUUCCGCUCUGAGACCACCUGCCUUUGGACGAAGUUGCUCGGGUAGUCCUGCAGGGUAGCGUUGCUUGUUUCCAAAAAUCGACAUGUCGUAGAAUGGUUGGCCAGUCUGUUCACGAUGUUUUCUUCUAGAAUUCAACUGUUGUGCAAGUGCCUCGUCCACGUCGCGAACUGCCUUUUCGGUGGCAGCUUUUUCGAUCAGCAUACAACCAAGUUCUAAAUUAUCAGUGGCGCACACCUGAACGCAUUGUUCAAUAAUAUUUUGCUCUUGCU